AUGCCACCAACCGGCACGAUGAACUUGCCGCUUAGUUCGAUAACGACAGCUGCUCCAUCUGUUAGUAGUACAAAUACGGAUGAUGAACGAAUUUGGACUCAGAUUUUAUCUGAAGUAAGUGCAAAUGGUACGAGUAAUACACCGCAAGGAUCGAUUUUAUUUUUAGGUGGUGAUCGACAAAGUGGUAAAAGUUGGCUAUUAAGUAGAUUGGAAAAACGUGAAGUAAGCGGCCGUGGAUCUGCUCUCGAGUAUCACUUUUUAAAUGUUAAUACAGAUUAUCGAGACUCGAGUUAUGCUUAUCAGUUGAGUAUAGCGGGUGGUGGUGUAGCACCAGGCGAAAGUAUUACGUUGCCAGUAUGGGUGCUUGAUGGUGAUCAAGCUUUCGCUCCUCUUAUUAAAUUCGCAUUGACGAAUUGUUUAAGUCGUUGUGUUGUAGUUUUGUGUGCAUCAAUACUACAGCCCUAUAGUAUAAUCCCAACGCUUAACAAAUGGUCAAAAUUACUAGAUUCGCAGAUUGCAAAUAUAUUCGAUCGUGGAAGUAUUGCGGAAGCUCGCAAGGCUCAGGAAUUAUUCUGGCAAGAAUAUGUUGAACCUCUCGAUAGUUCUAUGCACAGUGAUAAAAUUCCGUCAAUGGAGGCAGAACAAAUACUUUUGCCUCUCCAACAAAAUAUAUUGACACACAAUACGGGAGUAGCCGUUGUUGUUGUAUUAACGAAGUGUGAUUUGGCGGCUUCUGAAUUAUCAGAUGAAUUGCUUGAUCGCAUUCAGUAUCAUACUCGGAAAUUUUGUAUGCAACAUGGCGCUGCUUUGGUCUAUACGUCUGCAAAGGAAGAACAAAAUACUGCACUAUUAUUUAAAUAUUUGGCUCAUCGUGUAUGUGGUACACCUUUCACCAUGCCAGCUCAUGUUGUCGAGAAAAAUGCUGUAUUCGUACCUGCUGGGUGGGACAAUGAAAAGAAACUUGAUAUUAUCAAAGAGACAAUCAGCGAUAUUGAACAACCGCUUGAAGUUGUUUUAUUUUUCAUAAAAAUGAAAAUACCGAGACAACGUCAGCAAGUAAAAGAUCAGUGGAUUGAGGCUGAAGACGAACAAGUUUUCUUACAAAAAUUGGCCAGUAUUGAUGCUACUUCUUCAAAAAAAAAUAUGGCACAAAAAACGAUGAAUGAAGGCGGUGACGGAAACUCGCCUCUGAUAUCGUUCUUUAACAAUUUAUUAAAAAAUAAGGAGGGCCAGGCAGUACCAGCAAAAGUGGCUGAUCCAGAAGCACAUUUGCAAAGGAUGCUUGAGCAAGCGAAUAAUAGUGCCCCAGUUAAUCCAACCACCGAUGUACAGUUAGAAAAAUAA